AUGCCCCAGGGAGGUGCAGAAGGAGAAGAAUUCAAAAUGCUGCUAUCGCUUCUUCCUUUCGAAGAACAAGAACAGGUGAUGCAGUACCGGGCUCUGCCAGACAAGAAGAGAACGUUGAUUGGCCGUUUAUUGUCUCUACGAGCUUGCGCGCAGGCUCUUGGAGACCCUGCCUACGACCAGAUUCAAAUUGGCCGCACAAAGGGCAAGAAGCCCUUCCUACAUUCACCUUUGCCGGGCAGUUUGCCGAACUUCAACUUCAACAUCUCCCAUGAUGGGAGCUGGGUCGUUUUGGCAAGCGAUUGCUUGUACUUGGUAGGUGUGGACGUCUCGGCUCCCCAGCGAGAACGGGGUGAACAUGAAGAUGAAACUUGGUUUCAGGACAUGACCUCUGUUCUUACUGAAAACGAGAGGGAGUGCAUCAAAGGAGGAAAAACACACCAAGAACGAUACGCCAUUUUUCAACGGAUUUGGUCCGCAAAAGAGGCCGUUUCAAAGGCCGUGGGCUCGGGCCUGUCCUUUGGCUUUGAGCGGAUGGAGGUGACACUGCCGGAAUCAGAAAAUGGCUUCGGCAACAUGGUACUCUCUGCCAUCGGAUGGCCAAGGUCGGACGUGGAGAAACCUCCUGGGAAACGAAGUCGGAUGAACUUCUCGUCGCUGUUGGCAAAUCUGCAGGGAGAUCAGAGAGGUCAAGGAGGUGGCACUGAAAGAGGUGAUCAGCCUCCAAGGCCUGCUCCGGAGAAGACGGGUGAAGCUCAACACAAACCAAGCAGGGUCGAUUUGCACAUUGAUCAUUGGCUCCGAUCCGAUUGGAUCGUUGAGCAGCAGGAGUUCACUGGUGGAUCCUGGGUGACAGUGGCUUUGGGUCCUGUCUACGAUGCAGUGGAUGCAGAUGGCAUCUUCAAAACAACGUUCCGACUUCCUGGUCUCGGAGGUCCAACCAACGUCGAGGGGCUGAUGGCCAAAGCACAGACUGAAGCCUCACGCCAUUGGAUUCCUGAAGCUCAAGGCUUUCAGCAGCUGGCUGUUGAUGCACUUGCACCUCAAAAGGUUCGAGGAGAACUUGCUGCGCUGAAAGCUCGUCUCCUGACUGGAAAGGGGAAGAAAGGAAAGGCACAGGCAGCGAGCAAGUACAAAGCACGACCACAAGAUGGAGAGCUUCUGACACAACUGACCGCUGUUUCAAUUGUCGAUCUCUCAGCACCGCAGUGGAAACACAGGUGUGUGGAGGUGCUUGGCGAUGCCGUGGACCUUUUGCCUGCAGGGAUCGCAUUUACCUGUCGCAAGGGUUUGAAACCUGACACUCCGAAUCAAGACACCUGGUUUGUCUUGAAGAUGGACACAUUUUCCCUUUAUGCCGUUCUUGACGGUCAUGGACCAAACGGCCAUGAAAUCUCCCAGUUCGUGAAGGAGCAUCUUCCAAAGCUGAUAGUGCAAGACCCAAGGUCAAAGUCCCCAGAGGCCGGUCCUUGUCUGGUGGAUGCUUUCAAGAAGAUGCAGAGACUGGUGAUCGCUGCUCAAAGUCGCCGGAGGCUGCAAGCCCAAAAAUCGGGCACCACAGCGACGGUGGCCUUGCUUGACCAUUCCCGUGGGAAGCUAACCAUAGCGCACGUUGCGGACAGUGCUGCAGUUCUUGGAACCAAGGAGGGGGAUAAGUGGAUUGGAAAAGCCGUGACCCGUGAUCAUAAGCCCAACUUGAAGGGUGAGCGCGAACGAAUCGAAAAAGCAGGGGCUAAGGUUGGCUUCGACGGCACAAAUCAUCGUGUUUAUGCCAAGGAUUCAACAGCCUACCCUGGUUUGAACAUGUCUCGCUGCUUGGGAGACACUUUAGGUCACGAGGAGUGCGGGAUCAUCUGCGAGCCAGAGAUCACGCGGAUCAACCUGGAUAGCAGUACAGAGCAGAUCCUGUUGAUUUGCAGCGAUGGAGUUUGGGAAUUCAUGUCAGCUCAAGAGGCCAUUGACAUCGUCACCACGAGGCCCUACGACAUGGGCGACCAAGCAGUGGCGCUCCUCGCGAAAGAGUCGUGGGAUCGUUGGAUACGGGAAGAGGGAGCAGCCGUGGUGGAUGAUAUCACAGCCGGCUUGAUCUACAUUGGCAAGGACCGCUCCAAGAAUUGA